GCCCCACCCUCAAUUUGUAGGGUUGCAGAGUUUGUGUUAUCUCUCUCCCUCUUUCCCUCGCCCCUUUCUAUAUCAUUGAUGGCUGACAUUUUCGUUGAUAGGCUCGAAGAGCUAAGGAGAAGAAAUAAAGAAAUAGAAGAGGAUGAGAAUGAGUAUGAGGAAGAUGUGGUGCUUCUUGAGGCUUCUGAAUUGAAUCGGAAAGUGGAUGAAAUUGAGCUGAAGUUGAAUGAACUUCGUCAUCUUCAAGAUGAAAUUAUCAAAAAACCACCAUGUCAAACUAAAGAUUUGAGAGAGAGGCAUGCCAAGCUAAUGGAAAAGAUCAAGGAGCUGUCACAAACUGUUCAGAAAGGAUUAAAGCGCUUUCAGGAUGACAUUAAACGUGAUGAACUGGGCCCUGAAAGAAAUACAUUUGAACUAAGAGUAAAGAAAAGUCAUUGUUCUGCCUUGAGCCGUAAACUAAAGAAUAUCAUGUCAACCUAUACUCAGCUGGAGGAACAGUACAAAGAAAAGUGCAAGGGUCUGAUAAAAAGAGAAAUGCAAAUAGUUGAUCCUAAAGCUGAUGUAUCUGAUGAAAAAAUUGAAGAAAUUUUGGAAUCAAAUGAACCUGUAUUUACUGAAAAUAUAAUGGUUCAAACGUAUCAGAAGAAACAAGCUCUUGAUGAAGUAGAAGCACGAAGAACACAAAUACGUGAACUGGAACAAAAUUUAAAAGAACUUUACGACAUGUUCUAUGACAUUAUGCUUCUCAUUGAUUCUCAAGGAGACCUUGUUGAUAAUAUUGAAUAUAAUGUUGAGAAAACAGCAGCCUAUGUUGAAUCUGGUACAAAAGCAAUAGUUGCUGCAGCUAGAAUAAAGAAAAAGAACACAAGGUUGCGUUGGAUUAUCUGCUGUGUAGUGACCACUAUCAUCAUUGUUCUGGUUAUAGCUGUAGCCAUCAUAGCAGUUGUAGCUGUUUAUCUUCUGAGGGGUAAUAACACUGACAUUACUGUACAGAAUCCAGUUAAAAGAGAGCUUUCAAAACUAUCACAAAGCUUCAUAUAAUUUUGCUGCAACAUAAAGUUGUAUUGUACAAUAUGUAUGCAUAUAUAUUGCAUCAGCUUUAUUGCUUUCAACAAAAAAAAUUUUAGCAAUGCAA